UGUCCGCUCACUAGUCCGUAUGCUUGUUGUGUAGUAGUUUUUCUUCCUGUUUAUAAUUUUCAUGAAAAAUAACGGAAAAUGCCGCGUAACUGUAAACCUUUAUGUUAAGAUUUAAACCUUAAUUAUUUCACCACUAUUAUGUGUUAAGUUAAUUGUUUAUGUGUGUUAUGAGUGGUAAAGUUAUCAAGUCGAGAAUGAAACAUACUUUUGCAUUGAAAUAAAUAAUUAAAGCGAUAGCAGCAAGAAUGGAGCAUUCGGAUUUGGUAGCCGAGAUGGCUCAGGUGGAGCAUCUAACUACACAAGAGAGGCUCCACUUGGCUCGAAGACGACGUAUGCAGCAGUUGAAGCUAUGGCAGCAGCGGGAGAAGGAGUGGGCGAGGACGAGAGCAAAACGUGAGAAGAGCAACAAGCGAAGCAUAUACUUUAGUGAUAGCGUCAUGUUGCUCGAGGCGGCGGCGAGGAACGACAUCGAGGAAGUUCGAAGACUUUUAGCACGCGGCGUAACCCCCGACGCAACGAACGAAGACGGUUUAACUGCAUUACAUCAAUGCUGCAUCGACAAUAACGAAGCCAUGAUGAGAUUACUCCUCGAUCACGGAGCAAACGUAAACGCGGAAGACAGCGAAAAAUGGACUCCACUACACGCGGCAGCUACUUGCGGAAACCUAAAUCUUGUUAGAAUAUUAAUACAGCGUGGAGCGAACCUUCUGGCAGUAAACGGUGAUGGAAACAUGCCUUACGAUAUCUGCGAGGAGGAGAGGACACUGGAUGCCAUCGAAAGCGAAAUGGCAGCUAGAGGAGUGACACAGGGGUUGAUAGAUGAGACCCGGGCGGCGACAGAGAUGCAAAUGUUGUUGGAUGUCGACGAAUUGGUCAAGCAAGGGAUGGACUUAGACGAGCCGAGAGAUAGCCAGGGUGCAACUUUGCUCCACGUGGCGGCAGCGAACGGCUACAUCAAGGUGGUGGAGUUCCUGCUGGAGCACCGCGCGUCCUCCGACGUGGUGGACCACGACAUGUGGCAGCCCGUGCACGCCGCCGCCUGCUGGGGACAUUUAGAAGUAUUAGAAGUAUUGGUACAUUACGGAGCUGAUCUCAAUGUAAGAAACAAGCAUGACGAAACGCCAGCAGACAUAUGCGAGGAGGGCGAGAUGCGCGCGCGCAUCCUGCGCCUCGCGGCCGAGCAGGAGGAGGUGCGGCGCCGCGCCGCCAGCGUCGCGGGCGAGCGUCUGCGCGCCGCCCGCCGCUCCUCCUCCAGCGCCUCCACCAGCAGAGUGCGCUCGGUGCGGCGCACGUCGCUGCGCGAGAAGCAGCUGGCGGCCAAGGCGGACGCGCGCGGGGAGGCGCGCCUGCGCGAGACCUUCGACUCGGCCGGCGACGACGACUACCAGGGGCUGUCUAAUGGCAUGGAAAAUGACCAGAACACGGCCAACAUAUCCGCCGAUUUGUCGCAUACUCGGUUAUCAAUUAGCUCGACGACAUCUAAUCAGAGUUGCGAGUCUGGAAAUGUGGACUAUGCCGUCCCUAAGCAUUCAUACAAUCAAAAGGGAGCGCAUAGAUUAGACACAAUCGAUUCAAACGAAAACAUCACCUUCAACCAACCCAAGAUAUCGAAUCCCCUGUUCGGGGUGAACGCUGCAUCGCAUUAUUCACCGAGCCCGAUACACGAAACCAGUAAUGACGGGAAACACUUCGAGCGAUUACCCAACGGAAUAAGGAAGGCACCGGAAGGUCAAGACAAUGAAGCAUUCAAAACAGAGGACGCGAUUGACGGUAGGAAAGAGGUGAUAAUGAGCCCAAACCCGAUCGCGAUCGCUGAAGGUGGAACCGCGACCUACACCACAGACAAUAAUGGUAAAAUAAAUGUUCAUGUCACCGUCAUGAUUAAUGCAGGAACAUUAGCGGAUUUGAAAAAGCAGCGAGCACAGAUAAGAACGAACGGCAGUCCAGUGGAAAACAGCGCGAAUUCCACAACGAACCACAGCCUCACCUCGAUACCGGAGGUCGGAAAGCAGGAAACCCAAGUACAGAUAAGUCCUCCCACUCUAACGCCCAGCACCGGAACGGUCCCGAGGUUUUCGGGGCACACCAGUGACGUCGUCGGCGAUACGAAAUCGCACCGGUGCUGUAUUAUAAUGUAAUUAUCGAUUGUUUCCCAUCACUACUGUAUGAGACCAUUCGAUGCGUACAAGUCUGAUCGUCAUUCCAAAAAGUAAUUUAUUCUGCGCUCGCUUAGAUUAUGUUUAAUGUUGGGGCGUAUGUCGAAGGGAGAUUGAAGCGUUGACACUAUAUUUGUGAUUCUAUAUCUGUAAAAAAAAUACUCGUCCUGUCAUGUCUUCUACGUUGAGAUUACAUUUUUAAAUUUGGAAUGGAUUUGAAAUAUCUCAGAAAAAUAUUGUCUAUAUCAUGAAAUAAAUGAUGUACACAAUUCACAAAUAUAAUGUCCAAUACUGUUAGUGUUCGUGGAAUGAAUAUUGCCAUUUUUGCUCACGGAGCAAGGGCUUGCCAAUGUGCUAGAAACGUGUGAUAAUGUUAAGAGCUCAAUGGUUUAUAUAAUGUAAUAUAUUAUUAUAUAUGGUUGCUAUUGUUUUGAUAUAGUUAAAAUAUAGUAUCGUUUGUGAAAUUAUAAUUAGUGUUGUGUAUUAUUUUGUGGUUAUGUCUAUGUAAUCAAUAAACAUUCCUGUUAGAUCCAUCGUAGAAUAUUAUUUAAUACAGAAUUUAAAAAAGUAUUAUAAUCAUUUACGAAACUUGUAUGAAAUUUGUUUGUAAUUUGCAUUUAUUUCUCUAGAUAUUUUAAUUGAAUAUUAUUUAAAAAGUGACGUUUUUGUUUACACAUUUCGUACAAAAUUAUUUAAAUAUACAGUGUGAAUAUAAAUUAUGUCAAAAUCCUUUGAUUCAUUACAAACUGUCCUUAUGCUUAUUUAAAAGUAAUAUUGUAUAAUCGUUAUAUUAUAAUAACCGUUUGUAUUGUGUCUUAGCUCUAUAGCACCAUUUAAUAACGUUACAAUUAUUUUAUCUUUGAAAACAAAUAGAUCCAUAUCAAUGUUAGUAUUGAAAUGCAAUUAUUUCAUCCUAAAUAAUUUCGCAAUUUCUAUUUUCCAUUAUAUAAUUUUUGACUUAUCGUAGAGAUAAGUCUGAAAAUAUUUUUUUUUAUGUAUAUAUAUAAUGUUUAAAAACUAUAAUUCCAAAAUUGAAAAUUAUUGAAUAAAUCUAGAAUCGAUCUUUUUCUUCCAUGACAGAUUCUGGCUGGAUUUUUUUUCUUAUAUUACAAUAUUUAUAUAAAUACAACUGACAACAUCUAAUAUUCUUAUUAAUAAACGUGGAUAUAUUUGAGCUAUGAAACGAUACUUUCAAAUAUAUAACAAAAAAAAAUAAGAAAGAGAAAAACAUCAACACAUUUAAUUUAAACGUUUAUUGAUUAACAGACACAGAUAAUAUAAAAUAUUUAUUAAAAUGUAAAAUAGUUUUAAAUUUCGAUUUAUUUCGAUACUAUAUUUCUAUUUCAUGUACAAUUUUUUAUCUAUAUUUCAAAAGUAUACAAUUUUUUCUUAAAAAAUAAUUUGCAAACGAAAAUGUUUUGUACUUCCUUUCAAAACGUUUAAGACUGGAAUUGUUAUGUAGGUGUAUAUUUUUAAAACCGGAUCGUAUGAGCAAAUGUAUGAAGCUUUUUAAUAGUAUAAAAAAAAUACACAAUAUGACCCAGUUCAGAAAUGUAUCUUGUAUUUGCUCUACGAAUCGCUAUCUUUAAUUCUCAAAACGCAGCUGUUUGUUGACAGAGGGAGGGGGCCAUGGCAUUCCAGUGGAAUUUUGACAUCCGUGCUUUACAAUAAUAUAUGAUUCUAUAUAAAAAAAAAACCUCGUAGACCCCAUUCUAAACCCCCACUUAAACAAUAAUAUUAGGUAAGUUUACAUUUUACUAUAUUAUGCAUAAAGCGCGGAUGUAUAGCGUGCCUUUUUUCAUGUUUCUCGUUACUGUUAAAUGUUACAAUUUUUCUGUCUUUAACUUAUCGUAUAAUGUAUAUAAUAAUAUUCAUGUUUGUUCCGAAAGUAGUUCCGAAAAAUAUCUAUAUUUAAGUAUAAAUAUUUAUAUAUAUUUUUUAAAUAUGGCACCAUUAGACAGAGUAUUACCAUAACAAAAAAUGCGAUGUAAUAUUGUUGUUUUUAUUUGAAAUAAGAUAUACUUAAAUUCCGUGAAAUAUGUUCAUAUCUAUUUCCUAUUACGUUGUCACUAUUUAUUCGCAUUUUUUAAUCAUCGUUACGAUCUAUUUCUCGCUAAUUGCUCUGCGUGCCAAUUUUUCCAGCUUUUAUCGUGUACACUUUUAAUAAUUUUAAUAUUUUUAAUAACCGGACUUUAUGGGUAUUGUAGAACUAUAUAUAAAAGUAACCUUUUGAAAAAUUUAAUAAUUAAAAAAAAAGGAGUGAGAUCAUUCUAUAAAAUUCUAGUGUUCAAUAUCUGUGGUAUUCCUUCAUCAUAAUGGCAGCUUAACAUUCCAUUAAAGUAAAUAUAUUUAUGUAAAUAAGCUUUUUGUAACGUAUUUAUCUCGUAGAAGUCAUUAAUACCCAUCCAUUAGUAAUUCAUUCGUCCAUAUCAUAGUCACUAGUGUAGAAUAAUUAUUUCGAUAGUUUGUAGUGAGCGUCAUUAGUACUUAAAAAGUACUUAAAGUGGAACGUGGUUUGGAUGUCACGUGACGUCGCAAAAAUAUAUCUAAUGUAUACAUUGAAGACGAACAUUUAAGCAAUAUACAAUGGCCUUAUAUUAUAAGCACAAAAGUUUUGAUUGUUUUUAUUUUCCUGCAGUAUUAUUUUACGGAAGCAUUUUACACACCUAUAGCGUUUUGUGAUAAAUUUGUAUUUCUAUAUUGUUUUUUUUUCUUAUAUCAAAAUUGUUUUUUUCUUAACAAAAAUGUAUCAAAUUACUAUUAGUAUAUGUAUAAAAAUUAUAAAACAUAUCUUCAUUAAGUAAUGGUCUAGAUAAUUAGUCAAAUUAAAAAAAUGUCUUAACUCUGUAUAUAGUUCUUGGUAGUUUAUCUUUAAUUUUUGAUUAACUAAAUAUGGCCAACCUUAUUUAGAAGAAUAUUUAUCAGACGUCAUUAAAACUUCAAAUGUAAAUUAAAUAAUUAAUGUAUUCGCCGGGACUCACUAGCCAGUAACUGUAGGCUGGUCACCUAUCCAGUGUUUGAAAAUCCACGAAAUGCACAUAUCUAUUCGUGCAGUGCACGUUCCCGUGCUAUAAUUGCAUCCCCAAUUCUAGAGAUCUUCUUUCAAAUGUUUUUUUAUAGUCAUUCUUAUUUUGUUUUUUAAAGAAAAACACCUGAAAGCCGUGUCGUCUUUUUAUAUGCGUUUUUUAAGCGAGAGAUUUGUUUUAUAUCCAAUUACUUUUGCAAAUUAUUAUUAAAUGCACGGGGUAUUCAGUUUGAAGUGUGCUAUGAAGUGUCAAGGACCACAGCGAGCCACUUAUUUUCGGCAAAUUCCAACACUGGUCGAUUCGCUGCGAGCGAAGCACGUUCCUCUCUUCCACCUGAUAUUUUUAGUGCGAGUAACAGGCCACAGUUACGGUCAGCUCGUGUGUGAGUACCCGGCUUAAGAUAUCUGUCUGUAUUCAUAUCGUCGUAACGCCUAUACCUAUUUUAGAAACAGAUUUUUUUUUAAAUAUAAUAAUUGUAAAUAUUUACAAUAUUCUUAACGAGUGCCUCUUUGUUAGUCUUGCCUUGAGAAUGUUAUAUUUUUAAUAUUUUAGAAAACACUCAAAAAUUAUAUCCUUUCGAAAGUAGUAGGACUCAAUGUAUGUAAAUAUAUCUAAAAGUUAUUUUGAACUUCUCUAGGAAAUCAGUAGUAUAAAUUGAUGGUAAAAACAUAUUUUUGAAUAUUAAUGUAUGUUAGAAUAGUCGCCUAAAUUCGUUGCCUUGCCUUUUUGGAGCUUGCCGUUUUUUAAAUUUAUUAAGAACGUCUUAUCAAAUCAAUUUUUUUUUUAAAUCUUUAAAGCGUUAUUAGUAGUAAUGCACAAAGCCUAAUUUUCUAUAAAUUUUGACAAUUAUAUUUUUGUAUCUGAACUUAUAAGCGCAUAAAUGAAAUAGAUAAUUGUUUUACAAUAGCAUAAAUAAUGUUAAAAUUCUACAAAUACCUACUACAUAGAAAGUCUUGUCUAUGGUUUUAAAUAUACUCAUUAAAAUUUUUACACAUUACAAACUUCUCCAACGUAAGUGCUUUUAUUCGAACACAUAUUACAAAACUCAACCUUUAAGUAGAGUGUCGUAAUAAUAGUUAAAUAUUUAAAUGUUUACAUAGGCUCAUUAUUGAAUAUUGUGAUUUAUUAUUUAAAACAUUGUACUUAUGUAUACUCUUACACUACUGUUUCAUGAUUGCGGUUGAGUCGGUACAAAUUAAUAAACUAUUAUAUCUAAUGCAUAUGUCUGUUGUAUUUUUCAUUAAUAUAUUUAAAGUUCAUAAUAAAAAAUGUAACUUAGUGACUGACUUUUGAACAGUAGUGUUUAUUAUUAAGGUGAUUCCUAAUAUACUUAAAUAUUAUAUGAAUAAAUCAGUUGUUUUAA